AGAGAGAGAGAGAGAGGAAGGGAGGGGGCGAGCUCGCAAAGAACAGAAGAGAAGAAGAAGAAAAAGAGAGAGAGAAGGAAAGAGAGGAAAAUCUCGUAAUGUCUCUCUUCUCCAUUUAGUGAACUCGCGGCGUUUCGCAGAUAAUGUCCGAGAAUGUCCAUUUCUGGGACUUUGAGCAACUAUUACGUGGACUCCAUCAUAAGUCACGAGAGCGAUGAACUCUCAGCCCCGGCUCGCUUCCCCAGCGUCCAGUACUCUGGCUCCAGCUCCGCGGCGGCCGCGGGCGGGAGGCUGCCCGGCGGCGCUGCGCAGGCGGAGCAUCCCCAUCCAGAGUCCUAUCCAUCCUGCAGCUUCCAGCCCAAGCCUCCGGUCUUCUCCUCGUCCUGGAGCCCGUUCAGCCCUCACCACGGGGCCAGCGGCCUCCCCGCUGUCUACCACCCCUACAUCCCAGCCCAGCACGUGCCCGCCGCGGACACACGGUACAUACGCUCGUGGCUGGACUGCGCGCCGCGCGGCUCCGAGUCCGUCCCGGGGCAGGGCCAAACGGGGCAGGUCAAGCUGGAGCCGCAGCUCGGCCACCUCGGAGGAGAGAUCCCACCCAAAAUCGGCGGACAGCACCAACACGAGACCACCACGUACAUCUUGGAGUCGACGUCCACGGCGGCGCGAGAGCUGAGCCACCAUCCGAGCGCCAUCCCGGGAGCAGGGUUCGAGGAAAAUAAGGACAUUUGUGAAGGGAGUGAGGACAAAGACGGCCUGGAUCAAAAUGACCCUUCGGCCAACUGGCUGCAUGCACGCUCCUCCAGGAAGAAGCGGUGUCCCUACACCAAAUACCAGACGCUCGAGCUGGAGAAGGAGUUCUUGUUCAACAUGUACCUCACGAGGGACCGGCGGCACGAGGUGGCGCGCGCGCUCAACCUGACGGAGCGGCAGGUGAAGAUCUGGUUCCAGAACCGGAGGAUGAAGAUGAAGAAACAGAGCAAGGACCAACCCAAGGACUAGCGGGACUCACACACACAUUCUGACGCACGCACGCUCACACCAUGUAUCCAACACACAGCCCCUCGUUUCUUAGACACGAAAUGGCCUUUCCCAAGAACUGCAAAAAUAUACAUAUAUACAUCUGCUGUUUUCACUCUGUUUUAACCUUCACUGGGUGAGCUUCACGCCAAUCUAUAUCCUACACAUGAUCAAUUGCUUUAUUGAUCCCUAGCGGACGCCGUAACGUUAGAACUGAAGUCUUAAGAGCGUCUGAUGUUCAGUGAGAUGGACGGAGGCUGGAACUUUGGAGUCGUUUGUAUUAAUGGAGGAUGAUGGUAAAAGUCAGACAACCAACAAUUCCUCCCGGACUUCUUCUCCUUUAAACGAGUCUGACUCCAUAUAAACCUGCGGAUGGGACUGUUUGCUUGAUGAACUCGUUCAUGGUUCUGACGUCCUCGUGGUUUUAUCUGUAUUAGAUUAUUAAUUAGGCUUUGAUAUUAGGCUACAUUAUGAAAGGGAAGCAAAGGAAGCAGCAAACCGCCAAGUGAUGCUACAGAGGACGAGUGGGAGGGGAAACAGAGAGAAAAAAGCUUUCUUUUUUUUUCUUCCUCAAGCUCUUCCUUUAUUAGUUAUUUAUUGUAUUGUUGACACCGGAGACGCGCGGAGGUGCUGAAACCGGGAUUUCACAUGGCCAUUAAUAAGCACGCGGAGCAGAUGGGCUGCUGCACGUAGACACACUGCGGUCCAUCCUUAUUUUUCUUCCUCUCUUUUUUUUCCUGUUUCUCUCAUUGCUGGCAGAAUUUGAUUAGAAAGCGCCUGAUGGUCGGCGUUGAUAUAAGCAGCCAGCCGCCGUUUGUUUCCCGGUUGUCGGCCUAAGUAAUGAGCAAGAUACCGGAGGGGGGUGGAGGAGGAGGAGGGGAGUUUGGAAGUGAUGUGGAGGCAGGGGUGUUAACUCGACUCAGCAGCUGGGUAUCCGAUUAGGCUGCUGUCAAUACCGUGGAUCUCCGCCCUGCAGCUUUGCGUUCCGGAUGCUUUAUGCGCUGCGGCGGCGGCGGCUCCUCCGCGGCCUGUAUCGGCUAUCGAUAGCCGCCCUCUCCGCGUCACACCAGCCGAAGGUUGCAUGUUCAAACCGAGCUUCCAGCAUCAAGCUUUUUUUCCUUUUUAUGUGUGUGUGUGAAUCCGAGUCAGAUUUAUUCCGGCAAACUGCAUCCUGAGGAUCAGCGCGGCCCCGCCGCCGCUCUGACCCGGAUUCCACGAUGCAAACCGCACAGAGCUUCUGCUGCUGUCGCUCCACUGACUCUCAGAUAAACACUCUAGAACCGACACGACACUUUUUAAUUAGACUGGCCAGUACAAAUCCUCCACGGCUGCUACUUCUUUUACGCAUUUCAUUCCAGUGCGCGCAGAUCCACGCGUGGCACAGGUCCGCGCGCCGCACACUCAAACCAACGGCACCGUCUCCGUCACCACAGUCCAACUCUUUACUCAACGUGUUGCAUUUAAAAACAAAUAAGAAUCAGCUCUAUUUUUAUACAUACAGUAUAUAGUGUAUUAUCUGCUAUGCAAGGCGGCUUCUCUCAUUUCAGGAACAUAUUCUACAAGCGCGCGCAACGGCGGCUUCCGAACGCAGCCCGGACGGACAGAGCGACGCAUUGGGUCAGAACGUUUACGGACGUUUUGUUUUUCAAUUCUACUCUUUUUGUUUUUCUCUCUCUCGCCUGAUAAUACGUUUCCUAGAGGUUGUGUUGGAGGCCGGUAUCAGCGGGCACAGCAGAACGGUUCGGACUGAUUCCCGCGCUCCAUGUUUCAGCAGCAGCAGCGGCUCCGAGUUCUAUCCGGUCAGGCUUCAGUUUAUGCAGAUUUUUAUUGAUCUGAGUGUUAAAACAUGAAGAGGCCGCGCUGGAAGGCCGCUGCGCUGUUCUGUGGAGUGUCGGCGUCCCGUGGCACUUUUAUGGACGGAUCAUAAACAACACGUCGACUUGUGUGUGUGAGUGUGUGUGUGUGUGUGUGU